ACAGCUUUUACAUCAACCAACUCUAGCUAAACCCUCCUUAAUUCUUUCUUCCUACUAUCCCAUCCAGCUCUGAGCCGCCAUCCUCGCUCAAUGGCGUCGUCCAAGACAAAGCCUCCUGCUGCAGUGGCGUCCAUCCUCCUCCUCCUCCUCUCGCUCCUGCUGCUCCUCGUCGAUGCCGCUGCCCACCCAAGGCUGCUGGAGGAGGAAGUGCAGGCGAGUAGGAGGGAGAGAUCCCUCUUGCCGGCUCCAAAGAUAGACUGCGGGGGGGCGUGCUUGGGGAGAUGCGCCAACAACUGGAAGAAUGAGAUGUGCAUCAAGAUGUGCAACGUCUGCUGCAACAGAUGCAACUGCGUGCCGCCCGGAACAGGGCAGGACACUCGCCACCUCUGCCCCUGCUACGACACCAUGCUCAAUCCACGCACCAACAAGCUCAAGUGCCCCUGAUUCAUUCAUGCUUACCCAGCCUCACAAACCUCCCUCUGGAUCUCAUCUUUGAUGAUCCCAUC